ACCGGAAUCGGAAGUAAUAUGCUUUAGGCUACUUCUUUCUUCAGUUCUUAGUUUCGCGUUUGGGGCUUCCAUGAUAAACGUAGGAGGGACGUGCUUUGUUGCGUGAAGGCUUUAACGGGGGACUGAGAAGAAGCCGGAGCGGCGUUGUGAAGUGAAAAAGAAGCCGCCUUGAUUCACCAUGUCUCUAGCAGAUGAGCUUUUGGCUGACCUUGAAGAGGCAGCGGAGGAAGAAGAUGGCAGUUUUGCAGAUGAAGAGGAUGAGUCUCCCAUUGAAGAUGUCCAUGAAGAAAUGCAACUGGAUCUGGCAACUGAUUCAGUCAAGAGUAUUGCCAAGCUGUGGGAUAGCAAAAUGUUUGCUGAAAUUAUGUUGAAGAUUGAGGAGUACAUCAGUAAGCAACCAAAAGCAUCUGAAGUUCUAGGUCCAGUAGAGGCUGCUCCCGAAUACAGAGUCAUUGUGGAUGCCAAUAAUCUCACCGUAGAGAUUGAGAAUGAACUGAAUAUUAUACACAAGUUUAUCCGAGACAAAUACUCCAAGCGAUUCCCAGAAUUAGAAUCCCUUGUUCCCAAUGCUUUGGAUUACAUCCGGACUGUUAAGGAACUGGGCAACAGUUUGGACAAAUGCAAGAACAACGAAAACCUUCAACAGAUUCUUACCAAUGCCACAAUCAUGGUGGUCAGUGUCACUGCAUCCACUACCCAAGGGCAACAGUUGACUGAGGAAGAACUAGAACGCAUUGAGGAGGCCUGUGACAUGGCCCUCGAGCUGAACCAAUCGAAGCACCGCAUCUAUGAGUAUGUGGAAUCCCGUAUGUCCUUCAUUGCCCCAAAUUUGUCCAUCAUUGUUGGGGCCUCCACUGCUGCCAAGAUCAUGGGCAUUGCUGGUGGCCUCACCAACCUUUCCAAGAUGCCAGCUUGCAACAUCAUGCUCCUGGGAGCCCAGAGAAAAACUCUCUCGGGCUUUUCCAGCACUUCUGUAUUGCCACACACUGGUUACAUCUACCAUAGUGACAUUGUACAAUCAUUGCCUCCGGAUCUGCGGAGGAAAGCCGCGCGUUUGGUGUCGGCAAAAUGCACCCUAGCAGCUCGAGUAGACAGCUUCCAUGAGAGUUCUGAAGGGAAGGUUGGAUAUGACCUGAAGGAAGAGAUUGAGAGGAAGUUUGAUAAGUGGCAGGAGCCACCUCCAGUGAAGCAAGUGAAGCCACUGCCAGCUCCUCUGGACGGACAGAGGAAGAAACGGGGAGGCCGCAGGUAUCGUAAGAUGAAAGAACGCCUCGGCUUAACAGAAAUCCGGAAGCAGGCAAACCGGAUGAGCUUUGGAGAGAUUGAAGAAGAUGCUUACCAAGAAGACCUUGGGUUCAGUCUUGGCCAUUUAGGCAAAUCAGGAAGUGGCCGUGUCCGGCAGACCCAAGUCAAUGACGCCACAAAGGCCCGCAUCUCAAAAACACUGCAGCGCACACUCCAGAAGCAAAGCAUGGUGUAUGGGGGAAAGUCAACUAUCCGGGACCGUUCCUCUGGGACAGCUUCCAGUGUGGCAUUCACCCCACUGCAGGGUCUGGAGAUUGUGAAUCCACAGGCAGCUGAGAAGAAGGUCACUGAAGCCAAUCAGAAGUACUUCUCCAGCAUGGCAGAAUUCUUAAAAGUAAAGAGCGAGAAGAGUGGCAUCAUGUCCACCUCAUAGCAAAUACGGAUGCUGCUGUUUCGACCAGUCAUUGGAACCACAUCACACAUGCUGAUAGAAAAGUCUACACUGGACAUGGACCUUGUUGAGGUUGAAGCUCAAUAGACUAUUUGACUUUUACAACUCAAGGUUCUUUCCAGAUAUUCUACUGACAUCAGGUUUCUCCCCCCCCCCCCUUUCUGUUCUCAUAUAAUCCACCAGAAAGCCUGCUAUUGUUUAACUAUUGAUGCAGUGGAAUGGCCUAAUAGAACUGAGUUCAGUUUUCAAAAUAAGUUAGUUAAGCAGUAAGCUAUUUAAUGGCAUAUAAGAGCUGUCCUGAAUAAAAGUGUCCUGUCUCCCCCAUCAUAUAAAUUGACACAUAUGUCUUAUGUGUCAAUUUUAAACUAAUUUUGUAAAUACAGACUGAGAUGCUACCAUUCUUUCUCAUUGCUAUCUAGGAGCACUGGGUAGCUAAUCCUUUCUUCUAGAUUCUGAGUUAAAAAGAGAUUACUUAGAUUAAAAAAAACACUUUGCUUCCUGCGCACUAGAUUACAUAUUUCUCAGGAAUUAAUUGUAACAGGACUACAUGUAGGAGGUGGGGCAUUAGAAAGAAUAGUGCUUCUGUACUUGGGUGCCUCCCUAUUGUGUGGGUUUGGGCUCCCAGGAUUCCUUAGCCACGUGGCUAUUGUUGAAUUCGGGGGAUUAAAGUCCACCCAUAUGGAAGUUUUCAAACUUGGGAAACACUGCUAUAAUUAGGAGUGCACCUUCCUUAAUUCAUGUACCUCCAGAUGGCCAUGCUAACUGGGAGUUGUAACCUAAGACCUUUGGACAGCACGGAGUUAGGGUAGGAGUUACUUAAAGGGGGAGAGGUGAGAGUGCGUCAUAUGUAUCUAAACCAAAACUUGUGUUACGUUAUAUGUAGUAAUGUGGUUGAGUGUAACUGGGAAUGUCCAGAUAAAUUGCAUUCUAUUUCUAAUACACAAGUGAAUCAUUAAAAGGACAUU